AUACUUUAACCGAAGCAGAGUUUCGAGCGAGUGACGCGAGAGUGAUUUAUAUAUUAAGCGUAGACCAACGAUUCGCUUUUAUAUUUCAUUAAACAAUAUCUCGGCGGGUGUCGUGUUGUGUAUGGAGGAGCUCUUGAUCAUGUGCCUGUAGCGCUCCAGCUUCUUGUGUGGUGCUGUGCUGUGGCGUGGUGUUGUACUGUCGUGUGCAACAUGGGGUGUGUCGCGCGCGCCGUGCCCACUGCGUUUUUACACAUCAAUCUGUUAUUGAUGUUGUUCGCGGGCGCGAUUCUAUCAGCGGCAGCGCGCCUUAAGUGGGAUCCGAGCGCUUACAUCGCGGCGCGGGAACUGUUCACGUUGGAAUACCGCACGGCUGCGGUCAUGCUGCCUGGCACAGGGUUUAGCAUUAUGCUGUUGGCGCAUCUCGCGCUCACCGCAUUGCGUUGCCGCCGACUAAGCCUGAGACGCGUACUUCUCAUAUUGUACGCGACCACAACGUUCUUGGUGGUCUGGUGCGAGGUGGUUUGGGGAUGCUGGGUGACAUGGCGCGUGCUGCGCUGGAUGCGUGGAAAGCAAGCGGCCGAGCUGCGCCACGCGCUAGAGCUGAGUGACCACCUGCAUCCACUACUGCAGCACCUAGCGCACUAUCACCCACUGCCCGAAAAGGUCAACCAACUUAUGAAGGAAGCGGAGGCUGAUCUCCCGAGCAACGUGUACGUGUUGGCGUGCGCCAGCGGCAUCAUGGUCGGGCUGCAGGCCUUGUCCGCCACGCUGGCACUACUGUCUACUCGCUGUGGGCGGCGGCCCCGCGCUCGGACGCCCGACGCUCACAGCACUGUCACUUCUACCACCCCGCUUAGUUGUAGGAGAGGCGACAUCGAGAAGACUCCGCUGAGAGCAGUGUACAGGAACGGUCGCCUGGUGAUGGUGUGAGACGUCAGCUCGCUCGUGCGACCCCAGUCUGUUACAGUUACAGUGUAGUGUCGUUGAAGAGUUCGCGUCGACCGUUUGCUUCUGUGCUCUCUCUGUUAGCGACAGAAUCGAUUUUUGAAGACUGAAUUUGACUGCGAGCAGUGCAGAAAUUAUUUUGUAUUUCUUAUAAUUUGUUAAAUAA